UAUGAGUAGUUUAAAAUUCUGGAAUCCUAGAUCGCCAACGAUUUCACAAAAAAUAAUAUCAGUUUACUGUCUUAAAUAUUUAUAAUUUAUAGGCCACCAAUUGAAGAAAAAUGCAAAAUAAUCGUCCAGUAUUGGUUUCCUGUAAACGUCUUAGAACAGAAUUGAACCGAUUUAGAAAAAUACAUAUUACUUCUGAUGACAGUUUUACACUUGGUAGAGGCUUACACAAUACAUUAGUUAUACCUUCUUUAGUUAUAUCUAGAAGUCAUUGUAAAUUCAGAAAAGAGAAUUGUGGUUGGGUAAUAGAAGAUAGCAGUGCCUGUGGAAUUGAAGUGAAUGGAGUCAAAGUCGGAAAAGGAAAUUCUAAAAACCUUAUAAAUGAUGAUAUUGUUAGGUUGGAUGCACUUCAGGAGUUUGUGUAUAAAUUUAUUUGGCCUCAUAACGACAUUGCAAAGCGGAUCAAAUUUGAGAAAGAUGAAAAUUCAAGUAUUCUUGAUGAUGUUAAAAUAAAAUUUGAAGAAUCUCAGAAUAUUGAAAUGCAGCACAUUGAAGAUAAAAUACAAAAGCAAAAACAACUACAAGUUGCCAACAAAUUGUUACAAGAUCAACUAUAUGCAAAAAAGAACAUAAAGGUUGAAGAACUUGAAAGAAGCUUUGGGGUACAAAUAGAAAAUUUAAAAGGUGAGAAAAAUGAAGUACAGAUGCAGAAAAUAUUGUUGAUUAAAGAACGAGAUGCUCAGAUAUCAUCUCUAAAAAAAGAAAUGGAUACUAAGAUUAAUAAAUUAAUGGAUCAAAUUAAGAUGCACAAUGAAACAGAAGCAGAGCUUGCUAUUGAAAAUAAUUCUCUUAAAACAAAAUUACAAAAAGAAAGAGAAGAAUUCCUGGCAGAACUUGAUAAAGAAAAUACUUCUAAGCAUGAACUACUUGAUAGACUACAUCAAAAAAUAAAGGAGCAAGAAGAACAGCGUCUAAAAGAGAAACAGGAAUUAGAGAACGAGUUUAGAAUUGAAACAGAGAAAUUAAGAUUGGCCAAGGACCAAGAAAUGCUUGCAUUAGUGGAACUAAACAAACAAAGAGAAUUGGAGUUACUAGAAGAGCAUAAGAAAAUCAAGCAGAGACUUGAAAAGGAAAUAAGCGAUAUGAAAAAAGAAUCAAAAAAUGCAGAAAUACAAUUGUUACAUAAGGAAGAGAAUGUGUCUCAGGCCCCAUCAGCACAAAUGAAAGUUGUUGGAAUGGAAACAGAACAUCAAGAAACGAAGAAUGGAGUGAGUGAUGAAAACCCAGCUAUGGCUGGUCCAUCGUAUGAAUCGUCAAAGCCUUUAGCGGACAUCGGACAAAUGAUGGAAACUGAACUGCAGUGCAGUAUCUGUGCCGAAAUAUUUAUUUGUCCUGUGAUGCUUAGCUGCGGCCAUACAUUUUGCAAAUAUUGCAUAAACUUAUGGAAGAAAAAUAAGAAAGACUGUCCAAUCUGCAGGACACCAAUUAAAUAUGAAUCUAGAUCUAUUGUUGUGGACUCAUUUAUAGAAAAAAUUCUACCUAAUCUUUCUGAAGAAAUGAAAAAGAAACGCGAAGAGUCAUUAAAAAUCAGAGAAGAAGAGGAGACUUUACCUUCGCCGGGAGCCAGUGCGCAAAAUAGCCGACGAGCAACGGCCGAAAGCGAAAGUGAAGCGCAAUGGGACGACACCGAGGGCGAGGAAUUUCCGAGCAGCGAGGGGGACGCGACGGACGUCUUCGAUGAUUACUAUAUCUUCAGACCUUCCAUACUCGAUCAGUAUUACUCGUCCGCAAGAGAUUCCCACGGUGGAUCUGACUUCAAUUCCGACCCCGACUCCGAUGAUGAUGUUACCACAGGAAGUAAUAGUUGUAGAAGACGAAGGCAACGCGUCCCAGGCACCUCGGGCUCAUACUAUGGCGGCUACGGACGGUGCUACCGCUGCGGCGCGAAGGGUCACUGGGCACCUGGAUGUCCCAACCGGCUCUAAUAUUCAAUUUUAAAUCACCUGCGGAAGCAGAAAAACAUGAGACAUUCCAUUACGGCCUAACAAGGCUGAUAUAAUAUUACCGCCGUUGUACACGCUAACUCAAUGCAAUGCAGAAACCAUUACCAUUUAAAGUAAUAAUGAAAGUCAAGAGUCAAGAUCGAUGUUAGAAUAUACACAAGGAAGGUAGAGCGAAGAACGUAUAUCAGGACUGACAUCGCCGCUUUUUCAAUCUUAAGCUACAAUGUAGAGCACAUUACAUUUAAGUAUCACUAUAAUAUAUAAAUUAAAGUUUAUCAAGACCCUCGGUCUAACACAAUAAGUGUAAGAGCUUAUCGUGAUUAUGAAAACAAACACCCGAGACUUCAUCUAAUAUGAAGUGCUUUCUUUCGUGAUUUAUACUAAAACCACUGUCGACGACGCCAGUUCAUUUUGUCAGGUACAAACUAUUGUCUUUAUUUAAUGUUCAAAUAUCAUCUUAAAGAGCAGUGUUGGCCUAGUGGCUUCAGCGUGCAACUCUCAUCCCUGAGGUCGUAGGUUAGA